GGAGGGUGCCUUUUCUGCCGGGCAAAACGCUGGAGCAUGCUUCCGGGGAGUUAAGGGGUGCGGGCUGUAGCCGCACGUUGAGUCCGAUCUCUUUUAUCGGAGCAACUCAGCUAGUUGGGGAGAUCCUUCCUCGCAAGCUGUCGGGCGCGCACGCCCCUUGUCGGACAGAGGAGCAUCUGCCAAGGCUUCCUCGGCCUGCCGAAGGGCGUUUGUGCCCGAGAGCUUGCAAAGAAGAGUUUUCCUAGCUGUUUGAGUUGGUCUGAUAAAAGAUUUGCCCGAAGAUCCUCAUCUGCUGUGGAGUAAGGAGGGGGCUUUUGGUUUGCAGCAUCUCUGAGCAUGGUAUUCAUUUGGAGGUUCGGGGUGUGCCAGUCCUGGGGAUAGGGCUGGCUGGAGCCUCUUUGUCUCUGGUGCAAUCUCUUCCCUCCAAUCUCCUAGUCAAUCUGCCUCCUGUGUGUGUGCGCAUUGCGCCCUCAUUGACACCGAAGGUGGAGUUGAAAGCCCCCCUCCGGCUGGAGCGCUCCCGGCAUCUCUGACACUCGUGCAGGAAUGCGAAUAUUCCUGCCCCGUGUCCCGGUGUCUGUUGCCAAACUGUUGAAAGGAAGCAGGGAGGGCUGCAGGCCUGGCUGCGUCAUAGCUUUGCCAGUCCCAGCCUCCUAGUUUCAUGUGCUGGUUGGAGAUAUGGGGAGGUCUUGCCCAAGAGUCGUUAUUGCACAGGGGAUGAAUCAACAGGUGCAAAUGAGCACUGGGUCCCAUGUGGUUUGCAUUUGGAGGAGGGAGGCUGGAUGCGUCACUGGUGGCUGGAGGGUGAGACAAGACAGGGCCGUGUCCUGAGCUGAGCAUGAGAUGAGAGCCGGGGACUUAAAAGAGCUGCUGCAUGACCUUAGGCAAGCGACUGAAGAGUGCUUUGUUCAAGAUCAUGUUGGGGGGCCCAUGGAGGGCUGCGUGGUGCUGACCUCUGCCAGCGUGUACCGCAAGCUGCAGGAGACCCGGGACUCCCCUGCUGGGGCGCGGCCAGGCAGCGAGAUGAGUGGCGAGCAGGAUCCCUGGGAUCGGGCCGAGUCGCCAACAGAGCCCGGGCCUGUGCAGGGCCUUUCUGCCUCUCUGGGCUUCUUUCCCAAGAGCGGGAAGCUCCUGAAGUCAGAGUCGGAGGACUCUGGGGUAGAGAUGGCCAGCAACGAACACUCGCCCUCUACCCCGCUCGGCUCUGAGAGCAGCUUCUCCUUGGACGGCCUUGACGGCUUCCAGCCCUGCACUGACGACCCGGCAGGCAGCAACGCUGAGGAGAGCCGCUCUGGGGCAGCGGGCCUGGGGCAGCCGGACACCCUCCAGGAGCGGGACUGCCAGCACAGCCUGUCAGCCAGCGUGAAGCUGGCUCAGGUGCUGCAGCGGUCCAGGAAGCACCGCAUGGCCGGGCGCUCUGCCCGACAGCUCAGCAGGAGCAAACGGAGCCAGGAGGGUGCAGAGCCGUAUGGCUCGCAGCAGCCCGGCAGCCAGGGUGUCAUUGCAGGGACUGUGGAGGAGCACAGGCAAGCCCCCUCCGGCCACCAGAGCCCCGAGGCAGGGAGUCCUGAGCCCUGUGGGGACUGGACGGAGGGGCCCAGGGACCCCGGUCUAACCCUGCCAGGGCAGGGGCUGCGCUACCUGGAGCACGUGUGCCAGAUGCUGGAGAGGAUCGCCCAGCUGCAGAAGGCCAAUCUGCGGCUCCAGCAGCAGCAGGCAGUGAUGGAGAGCCGGCUCCGGAGCCAGGAGCCCAAGCACAUAAUGAGCUUGGUGGAGGGGCCUUGCAGAGCCCCAGAGGAGCAGGCACCAAUGUCAGACCCAGCGCCAGGGAGCGGGCUGGAGCUGGAGAUGCAGGAGGAGGACGUGUCCCUGGCGCCCUGGAGGCCCCAUCCCUUCCGGGCACGUUCAUCUUCAGACACGGGGACACUGUGGGACCUGAGCAGGAGCACAGAGAACGACCCUGCUCCCUUCAGGAAGGCAGCUGGGCACUCCUGCAGCUCGCCCAGCCUGCUGGAUCAGUCGGACAGAGGGGCCUGCACCCUCCCCCCGGGCAUGAGGCCCCAGAGCAACCUGUCGCAGUGGGGAAAAGUCAAAGUCCUGAUCACCAGGAUCGCCCGGAAAUCGCCACGAGGCAGUGAGGAGGCAGUGGGGGGCCGACGCUGCAGAGUGGAGGCCACGCUGGAGAAACACGUCCCCCACCCUGCAAGGACCUUCCUGCCGGGCCUGAGUGUGAAGAAGCACCGAGCGAAGACCCUGUCUGUGCGCUGAGCAUCCUGGAGCCUGCAGCACCUCUGGGCUUGGUGCUGGAGUGCCAGAGGCUAAGCCUGCCCUGUUGCAAGCAGCGGGAGCUGUGUGUACUCCUCGAAGUGUCCCAGUCUCCCCCCUAAUCCUGGAUGGGAUUCCUCAGGCUCUGCCUUGCCGGCUCUGGGGUGGGAAAGGACUGGGGUUGGGUUCAAGGCACUCUGCCUUGCCUAAACUCUGGGCUCGUGGCAAAGGGCAGAGCUGGGCCUGCUCCUACCCCCACUAUGGCUCUUCCCCUACUCCUCUGCACGCACCACGCCGGAGGCAGGUCCUUGGGAAGCUGGCUCGGCCCCUCCUGCCCACUCCCCCUGCACCUCCCUGGUGUGGUUCUGCUGCCAGCAGGUUGCUUUGAAAUCUUGCUGCUCCCAGUUUGCAGCUGCAGGUUGCGUUUGUUUGGGUCCGUGCCCCAGGCACUGCGGGCAGGCCGGCAGCUGCCUCAGCUAUGGGGCAUCUCACUAUGGACUAAGGUGGAGCGCAGACCGCUUGGGGGGCCUUCGAGGAACAAUGCGCACACCAGAAAUGACCUGCUGUCCUCCUGAGGGGUGAGCAGGGUUGUGUGUGUGUGGCCCCAGUGUGAGCCCAGCGCUGGGAUCUGGACAGCAGGGGAAACUCUCCCGGCAUGGUAUAAAAUAUAGACCAACUCGUGUGACCUCUUCUCUGCCUGGAACCAGCCCUCUUGUCCACGUCCACUUAUGUCGAUGUAUUUAUAUGAGCUCACGGAGCUACAUGCACGUGGGAAGAACAAGACACUCCAGGAAAAAUAAAAUACCAAAGCCUUUUUUGCA